AUGUCAGUACCGCCAAGCGCUGCGGUAUAUGGUGCCCCGCCUGCAUUUGGCCAUCCUCAGUCAGGAAUAUCAAACAUUUCUAAGCAGCCACCGUGCACCACGCCAAGUAAUACAAUUUAUAUCAACAAUCUGAACGAAAAAAUAAAAUUGCCUGUCCUGAAAAAUAAUUUAAAAGCCAUUUUUGAACAGUAUGGUGAAAUUUUAGACAUUGUAGCACGUGAUACUUUAAGAAUGCGUGGUCAAGCGUUCGUAGUUUUUAAAGAGCAAGAAAGCGCAGUUAAUGCAGUUAAAGGAGUUCAAGGGUUUGCGCUACAUGGAAAGCCAAUGGUUAUACAAUUCGCAAGAACAAAGUCAGAUGCAAUUGCAAUACUGGAUGGAACUAUUGAAGAACAUAAAAGAUUGAGAUUGGAAGCCAAGGAAAAACGUGCUAAAGAACCUCCUGUGAAAAAAUUCAAGUCAAGUAAUGUAUCACAAUUUCAAUUGGGGCAAUCAAAUAUUCCUGGUGCAUCAAUGUAUCAUUUCGGGCAUCAAGUUCCUGCAACUGGGAAUAUUCCAGACGAAUAUCUUCCACCUAAUAAUAUUCUCUUUCUUCAAAAUCUACCGGGUGAUAUAACUGGAGCUGUCCUUACUGCUUUAUUCGAACAAUAUUCUGGAUUCAAAGAAGUUCGUUCAAUUCAUCCAGCCAAAGGUAUAGCAUUUGUAGAAUAUGAUAGUGAACCUCAAGCCAUGAUCGCAAAAGAAGCUUUAACCAAUUAUCCUAUAACUCCUGAUAACAAGCUCAAGAUUACAUAUGCAAAAAAAUAA